AUGACCCCCGCGAAAGAAGAGACUCCAGCCCAGCAUGAUCUAGGAGAGCCUGCUGCCGCUGCUUCUGCCACCACUGCCCCUCCCACUGCCGCCGCCGCCGCUGCUGCUGCUGCUGCUGCCGCGUCGUCUCCGGAAUCCCUCAGCUCGCUAUCUGAAUGCGAAAGCGUCGCGCCACCCGCCCACUUCAGCACGCACAUCGCCCCGACCUCGCACCCCGACGACAGCAGACCGUCGGAGCAGCUCCUCUCCUCCUCUCUCCCCAGCAAGACCGCCGCCACUCCCACUGCCGCUUCCACUGCAGCGAUGACGACGACGACAAACGCGAGCAGCAAGAAGAAGGACGCACCAGCCACAAGUACAGACACGAGCCACAUCCCCGACGACCAGCACCAGCCACAGCAAUCCGCCAAGCCUAAGCGAUCCCGAAAGAGGAAGGAUGAGGAUCCCGCCAAGGAGGGAGCUCACGUGAAGCCUCGCCGCCAGCGGAAUGCCGCCGGCACAAAGGGCGGCGGAGCGAAGGCGGACAAGUCGGCGGGUGCCAAUCCCUCCGCCGGCGCUGCUCCCUCCACCACCACCUCCUCCCGCAAGAAGCAGAAGCUGGACCACCCGCCCCACGUGAAGCCCGCUCGCCAGUCCAAGAUCACCGACCUCGUAGAUCCCUCCCCUGCUCCUCCACCUCAACAUGUCUCCGCGCCGCAGUCUCCCCAACCCCAGCCCCAACCUCAAUCCCAAUCCCAAUCCCAAUCCCAAUCUCAAUCCCAAUCUCAAUCCCAAUCCCAGCAGCAGCAGCAACAGUACCAACACCCCGCCGCUGCUCCUCCGCCUCCGCCGUCCAAUGCCUCUCGUUCGACCUCUAUCCUGAAUACACAGAGUGGAAGCUAUGAAUCCAGUCCGCACUACCACUCCCUCCCGCCGCAGUCCACCUCCACAUCAUUCUCCGCACCGCCUCCGCCACCACAGCAACAACAGCAACAACAGCAACAGCAGCGCAUUAGUGGCCAGCAUUAUGACCCCGUUCGCUCGUCGAUCGAGAGCUACUCUCCUGCAUCAGCUCCAGCCUCUACAACCCCGCCAAUCGUCAGCGGUUCGUCUACAAUGCAAAGGAGCAACACUUUCGGCACUCCACCUCCUCCACCCUCCAACACAACCCCUCCGCGCAACAUGUUCCGUGCCAGCGCCUCUCCCGCUAUCUCCAGCAUCAUUGACCCCCCUGAGCCCGUUGCCGCUCCUUCAUCCUUCCCGUCCACGCCAGCAAUGGGAGUCAACCAACAACAGAGCUCAUCAUCUCGACCCAGUAGUGACAAGCUGAAGCAGGCCGAACAACGCUCACAAGGCCCUGCGAGGCUUCAGGAGCUCGUUCCCAUGGACAUCGAUAAAGAAGCCACGUCUACCUCGUCAACAAUCCAAAGACCGCCAACUCCUACAAAGAAAGACAGACCCACAGGCAGUUCCAAUGGCCCCGCAUCUCGUGCGCAGUCGCCGAAACCAUCCCGUUCGAAGGAAGCACCGCCUCUCCCGUCGGGCUCAGGCCUACUCACCAGCGCCGUAUUCGGCCUCGACGUCAGCUCCUCCACACCCGCCGCGAAAACCGUACCCAACAUCAUCCUUCACGUUCCGUUAAAAGGCCAGAACAACGUGGUCAUCAAUUUUGCACGGCUGGCCGAAGAGCAAUACGGCUUCGACGCCCUGCAUCCCCGCAUCGCGGCCCAGAGAGAGCGGCGGGCGCGCCUGGCCGCUGCGAGCGCCGUGCUGGAGAAGAACGAGAAGAACGCCAGAGGUGAAAGUGGAGCGGAAGACGAUCUUAGUCUCGACGUGGAUCGGGAUAGUGACGUUGAUGGGGACAUCGUCAUGUCCGGGAUGGGGGGAGGCCCGACGAGCGAUGCUGCUAAAGACGGGGCUGCGCCCGGCGAGGGAAAGAAGCGCCGUAGGAAGAUGGAGGAUUACGAUCGAGAUGAUCCGUUCGUGGAUGAUAGCGAGCUGAUCUGGGAAGAGCAGGCUGCGGCGUGCAAGGAUGGGUUCUUUGUGUAUAGUGGGCCGUUGGUGCCGGAGGGAGAGAAGCCCAGUGUUGAAAGGGCCGAUGGAACUGUGAAGCGCGGUCGUGGGCGUGCUGCGCGUACCACGGCAAGUGGAGAAGGCAAGACAACCACCUCCUCCCGGGCCAAGAAGGACAAGGACGCUGCUGGGAAUAAAGAUAAGGAUUCCAAAGACAAGGAUGGCGAUGGAGAAGUGAAAGAGAAGCCCAAGGCCUCGCGUGCCGGUACGGGGACGACGAGAAAGCCGAGAAUGACGAAGGCUGACAGGGCGCUGAUGGAGAAGGAGAAAGCGGAGAGAGAGAAGAUGGGCAUGGGACUGGCUGGCAAGAACAGUGUUACUGCUGGUGGGAAGUGAGCUGUUUGUGUGUGUGUGUGUGUGUGUGCACUUCAACAGAGUCCGGGUUUUGCACGUUGUAUUGCUUAAGGAUUGGGCGAGGAGUGCUGCAUGGGAGCGUUGCUGGGUUGAUCUCUACGGAACCCCCUUUCUUUUUUUUUCCUUUUCUUUUCUUUUCUUUUCUUUUCUUUUUAAUUUUCCCACCGGUUAAAGAUGGGAGUUCUGGGAGUUUUAUCUGGAGGGAUCGCUGCGAUGUGUUUUGAUUACUUUGACAUGCGUGU